AUGGAUGAUGUAUGUAAUUUUAAUCAAAUAAACAAAAAAUGUGGAGAGGCAAUAGCAACAGUUUUUAUUAAUCCAUACAAACUAAGCCAAUUUUACACAUUCAGUCAAAUAAAUAAAAUAUUUCCAGCACUUCAAACAUAUUAUUGUUCAAAGUCAUUUUGUACACCAAAAAUGAAAGAAGCAGGUAAUAUGCCAUUAAUGGAAAUUGGGACAUGGGACAAAGGAUUGCCUACAACAGUUUUCUCAACAAAAUGGUUUGCAGAAAAAGUUAGAAAAAUAAGAAUAACUCGACCUAUUAUUUAUUCAUUUAUUAAAGGAAUUAAUAAUUACAGAAAUCUUAUUCAUUUAACUAUAACAAUUGAAUAUAAAGAAGUUAUUGUAAUAGAAAAGAUAAUUCAAAUUAAAUCAAUACAAAAAAUUAUCGUUUAUUCGGAUUUCUAUAAUGUUCUUUGUUUAGUUCAAACAAAAUUCAUUUCAACUCAUUCAAAAGCACAAUUAUAUCUUAUUCAAACAAACAAUAAGACACAAAAUAUUCUCGAUAAGAAUAAAAUUGAUAAGUCAUAUCCAAAUAUUCAUUAUUAUUCAGGAGAUAUUGAAGCACCAAAAGAUGAAUAUUUGAGUGUUAGUCAAUAUUCAUUCAUUAUAAGUACAAAAAAUAAAAAUUUCCAAUUAAAAUCAUAUGAAUCAACAUUACUAAAUACAGAGGAUUUGAAACAAACAGCAAAUAUAAUAGAAAAGUAUGAAAUUUCUAAGCUUUUUUUCAGGCAUCAAGGCAAGACAUCAGUUGAAACAAAUUUAAGUAUGUUUAUGAAUGUCACUGAAAUCUCAUUAGAUAAAGUUAAGAAUAAAUUAACAUUACCACUUGCAGUGAAAAGAUUAAAUAUGAAGCAGUGUAAUAUUUGUUUUGUUAAUAAUGGAGUUCGAUUAAAAGAGAUUCGGGGAACAAAAAGAUGUUUUAUUAGUGGAGAGGUUUGUAUUGACGAUUUAAAAGUAUUUUCAUUUGACAAUAGUAAACUUAAGAUGUCUUGGAUUGACCAUGGCAAAAUAAAGAGAGUUGGUAUUGACACUCGGUUAGAUGUCAUUGUAUUAAAAAAUACGUGGUUGUCUGAACCUAACACUUUACCAUAUGAGGAAAAGUACAUUAACUGUCUGAGUAUCAAAAGAGGAAAAAGUCUAAUAUUAUGUGGGUUGAACAAUCAAUUAAGCAUUGACCUACAUACAUUUAAUUUCAGGGUGGUUGAGAUUUCUGGUUGUGACAUUAAAGAAUUAAUGAUUGGAAAUAUUACAUCCACAUUAACAUUUAAAUCACCUAUAAUAAAUUUUUGGAAUAUAGGAGAAGAUACAAAGUUAGUAAAAAUUCAAAAGUUACAAUGUGGUACAAUUGGGAAAAUAGUAGCAGAAAGAUACUUGGAUUGCAAGAAUUUUUAUUACAAGGGGAUUGAAGUAACUAUAAGUGAAGAAUAG